UUUUUUUUUUUUACAGAUUUUGCAAUUGAUUUUAGAAAUUGUUACGAAGAUUUAGGAUGUUUUCCUACUGAUCCUCCUUGGUUUUCUUUGGCCCGUCCAUUUCCAGCUCCUUCACCUCCGAGUGUAGUUAAAGCACGAAUAUUUUUGAGUACAAGAAGGAAUCCAGCAUAUAAAUAUAGGGUUGAGUUAAGACCAACGAUAGUGAUUCCUACUGAUGCAUAUUUUGAUAGAAGACGAAGGUUCAAUGUGUUUAUCAUUCAUGGAUAUUUAAACACUGGGAAUGUCUCGUGGAUUGAUCGACUGAAACAUGCAUAUUUGAAAAAAAGAAAUGCUAACGUGUUCGCUGUUGACUGGGGAAAUGCAGCACUUACUGUUAAUUAUAUCCAAGCUGCAUCUGAUACUAGAGUAGUAGGAGCUGAAUUAGCCAGAUUUUUAGAUUACUGCCACAAACGUUAUCGAAUCAAUUUGGAUGGUGUUCAUUUGAUUGGCCAUAGCUUAGGAUCUCAUAUAGCUGCUUAUUGUGCGAAAAAAUUCAACGGAUGUUUGGAUCCAGCUCAACCGGGUUUUGAAGAUCUUGACCCAAUCGUUCGCUUGGAUAGAAGUGAUGCGAGAUAUGUCGACGUUAUUCACUCAGACGCCAAACCUUUCGUUUUAUUUGGUUUAGGAAUCAUGUCUCCGAUAGGGCAUGUAGAUUAUUACGCUAACGGGGGCAUCACACAGCCCGGAUGCCCAGUCAAUGUGGACAACGCGAAUUUCAAUUUAAAUAGCAUCGAAGAUUUUGGAAAAUUCAAUUUCUUCACUAUUGGAAGCAUCGUUGCUUGUGCACAUCUAAGAGCAAUUGACUACUUUACUGAAGCAUUAGAAAGCGAUUGUAUCAUGUGGGCCAAGCUUUCUCGAGUCCAUGUGAAUGAUAUCCUACCAGGUGACGGAUUCAUUGUACCUAUUCUGCCAGUAGUGCCAAUCUCAUGGAAGUGUGACACUUACACUUGUUUGCCUCUUGGACUGGAAAAUGAAAUGUUUCCUGGAAGGGGAGUAUUUUCUUUCACCACUAAUCCAUUAAGCCCUUUUUGUCAACCUGAUUUACAAAUAACAAGAGUAAUGAAUGAUAUUAGAAAAUAUUUGCCGGAUAUUUUGAGAAUUUUUUAUCCAAGGAUUGGUAAGAUGAACCGUGAAAUAUGAUGAUGAGAAAGAUCGUCAUUUUCGAACACGAAACACCGAUCAUCGAAUCCGUAAUUUAUAAUAAUAGAGUAGGAUAAAAUGAGUAUAGUAUAUUCGAAUUUUAUAAAAUAACAUUAUUUUGACAAAAAAUAUCACGUAGGUAAGAAAAAAUGAUAAUAAUGAGAAAGAAAUAAUAAAAUAAACAGUAUCACAAAAGUAUAAACUUAAUAGAAAAUUUAUAAAAUGCACGUAGAAUAAUAAUACAAACUCGUAAUGACUAGAGGUACAAGAAACAUAACGAUAAAAAUACUAAUUGACGGGUAUAGGAGUAUUGCAGUUACCAUGGUAAACAUAAACAGGACCAUCGCAGCGUGAAAAUUUAUCGAAAAUAUUCGCAUAUCCGUGAUUUUUCCACCACUGGCAUAGCUGACGGUUCCAGUUGCAAGGUAACUGAUACACAAUAUGAGGAUUUUCAGCUGCCAGCAAAGUAUAGAAGUCUUGAUCUCCUAAA